AUGUGUGUGAGCUUGAGGCCGCGUCAGGAGAAGCACUCCAAGGCGGACUUGGAGAUGGAGCUGAAAAGGGACGAGUGCGACAGGAUGCAGAAGCAGCUGAAGUCAUACGCAGGACUUCUGAGUGCGCUGGAGACAGAGCUCGUGAAGACACGCCAAGCCUUUGCAGAUGCAAAGGCCUUGGUCUCAGAGAACUGCAGGCUUGGCAAGAUCAACAGGCAGGCUGCUGGAUUCAAAACGCUGAGAGCAAGGCUUCAAGAGAAGGAACAAGCCCUCAAGGAGCUCGCAGCUGCGCAUGACACAGCAGCAAGGCAGCUUGCAUCCAGCAAGAAUGAGGCUGCAGAUUUGAGGAGGACUGUGGAAUUGCUCGGUGCAAGUGAAAAGGAGCAGAUUGCAGCAAAGAACACCCUCCACCGCAGCCUGCAGAGGAGCAUUGCACUGCUGGCAGAGGCGCACAGUGCAUCAGAGCAGCAUAGGGCCACACUGGACUCACUACGCCAGAAGCUGCGAGCCCUGGAUGCCGAGGCUCUGGGACGGGCCGCCAGCGAUGCUGCCACAGUCAAACAGCAGGGGCAGGAGAUUGCAGCACUGCAAUUUGAGGUGGAGAAACUGCGGGGGCAACUCACUGUUGCUCUUACACCUGAAGGCGAGAUUUUGACAGCAACCCGGCCGCCCAGCCAGCAGCAGCUCAGCCUGCUCUACAUAGCAAGGGCGAGGAAUGCAGACAAUGCCAACGCAGCUGCAGCCUCAGCUCCAAAUGCACCAGCAGCCAAGCCUGACCAUGCCAACAAGGACACCAUUUACUCCAGCGGCCCAGCUAGCAUCUCGCAGACGGUGUGCCUGUCUGUGCUUCAGCAAGCAGCACAGAGCGUGCCCAAGGAGCCGGACUGUCCUUCGAGGCGGGAGGUUCCAGUGUCCACUGCGGACACCCCUGACGAGCUGGAGAUAGAUGGCGACGAAGAGAUGCCUCAGCGGCUGCAGCUGCCGCAGCUUGCGCAGCCAUCGAUGCAUGGUGGGCUGUGGGGGAUGGGCUUCAGCAGGGAUCAGCUAGCAAUGCCCAGUGUCAGCAGCGACAAGGACAAGGGAGGCAGCUCUGUGCCAUCGGAGGGUCCCAAAAGGGCUGAGCCAUCCCCUCUGGCCGCAGCAGAGACGCCUUCAGCAGGCCUGCCGGCAAAGCGCAGUGUCAGCAGCAGCAAGAAGGAAGGCUCUUUGUCAUUGGAUGCCGAGGAUCUCCCCAAUAGGGCUGGGGUAUCCUCUUUGGCAGCAGAUGCCCCUUCAGCUGGCCUGAAAUGUACUGAAGACAGCAAGGUACAUGUGAGCGCAGCAGCAGGAGAGCAGAGUGCCAUGGGCACAGCAACAGCACAUCAGACGGGGGAGGAGCAAUCCAGCGCUCCAAGUGGACCCAGAGCCAAGAAGCCUCGCAUGUCUGAGACAGAAAUGCAGCGCGACACACCCUCUCUUAAGGGCGAGACCAAUGGUAUCAAGGAUAGCUGCAGUCCAUGUGACCUCUUUGCCAGCUUUUCAUCGCUCCAGGACUUGUCUGACGAUGAGGACGCACCGACCAAUAUGUGAGGAGCUGUCUUCAAUCCUGUACAACAUGAGCAGCCCCGGUAUUGUGACGAUCUCAUGCAUGGGACAACAACCAGAUCAGCAGGCAUUUGGUGGCAUGCAGCGCUCCCAUGGGUAGAUCUAGAGAGGAGCCUUGGAGGCACACGGAUCUGAUUGUUAUUGGACUGUCAAUGCCAGUGGCAUUCAGUGAAAUAUGAACUGGUUUU